AUGACUGCACGAUGCUCAUUGGAGACGGCGCCCCCAGCGGAGGUAGAGGAGAAUCCGCUGACGACCGACGUCCUUGUGGCGUCGUUGGAUUCCCUCACCCACAAUGCCAUGGGCUACCUUGUCUACGCCAGGUCCAACCUCUCCUCGCACCGCCUCACCUCCAUUGAGAUGCUGGGGACUUACAAGUACCUGCAACGCAUCUCCCUCAAUGAUAACAUGCUUGACUCACUGAAACCCUUGCGAGGGAUUUGUUGCCUCGUGCAUCUCUCGGCGGCAAAUAAUAAAUUGACCAAUGAGGUCUUUGACGACCUCGCCCCAUCUGGCAACACCUUGGAGAAACUUAACCUCGACAGAAACCGCCUAACGAGCCUUCGAGGUCUUCACCAGCUGCCGUUUCUCAUGGACUUUCGUGCAGGGGAAAAUCAGGUGGAGGAGUUGGUGAACGGAGACUUUUGCUCGCUUCACAGCCUUACACGGCUUGAUUUGAGGUCCAACAAAGUUCGGCAUAUCCAGCUGAAUACCUUUGCUACCUGCGGUACUGUGCGCAGCCUCAACCUUUCCCAUAAUGAGGUGGAAAAGGCCCAGUUUGUGGUCUACCUGUCGAACAGUCUGGAGACCUUGGAUCUGGGAAAUAACAAGAUAAAAAAGCUUGACGGUUUCGAUGUGUUGCGAGAACUCGUUGAUCUUCAAUUGGUGAAUAAUGGAAUUGAGUCAUGGACGGAGCUGGAGACGCUGUCAGGGCUUAUUAACCUUAGACACCUAGCGAUACAAGGGAAUCCGCUUCUAAAGAAAUCGGAUGAGGCCACCAUCAAUAAACCACUACCAGGGUACGCGGAAUCGAAGGUGGCGCAAGAUGUAGACUUUUCUGCACGUAGACUUUCUGACAACUUUCCCUCAUUGGAGGGUGCGGAUGUCAGCAACACACUACUCUCUUCCAUGGUCAUGCCCUGUGCCAGGAGUCUUGUGAGGGACACAACCGUGACGCCUCGAAGACUAGAGGAGUGGGACGGUGAUGCGCAUCGCGAGUUGUCCAAGCUUCCGCUCUCUGAACAGCAUCGAUUCCGCGUAAUUAGUAUUUUGCAGCAAUUGACCACGAUUGAUGCCAUUCCUGUAUCUCCCAAUGAGAUCCCGCGGGCGCUGCGUCUAUUCAAGAAAAAGUGCGGGAAGAGGUGCCCUGUGGGGGGCAAUAUUUUUCCGGUGGGAUCUGCCGCGCGGGCAGCCGAAGCUCAGCGCGCAAAAAGAGGCAGUGCCUCACUGUGA